GCAUUAUUUGGUGUCUAGUGAUUUGUUGUUGUUGUUGUGUCAUACUCGUACGUUUUUAUGUCCUUCGUCUUAGGUCUUGUUAGAUGUGUCGUCUUAGAGAGGUAUGGGAGAGAGAAAUUUAUAUAUAUAUAAAAAAAAGAGAGCGUAAUCUUGCGUUUAUGUUAGAAAGAAUAAUGCGGCACCGAUCGAAAUAUCAUUUUUAUAUCGUCAUCGUUAAAACAAUCCAAGUGCAUCAUUGUGAUAACGGAAUGAAGAGAGAUUUUUUCUUUUUCUAAUUUCUCUUUUUUUUUAUCUAUUAUUAGAAUUCAAUCUUUAUGUCGACUAAUGCUUUAAUACAUUAUUGUUAUAUUAUUUGACUUAAUUUUUUUUUUAAUUAUUAUUUGGAACGAUCUCUUUUUAAUGCAAAUGAAAAAGUUAGCAUUCGUAUAUACCAUUUCUGUCGUCGUUAAUGCCUAUCUUUAAGCAAUUUAAUCCGAUUUUAAUACUUACAAUUAGUAGAGAAUAUUCAUCAUGCCGAAGUAGAGAAAGAAAGAUAUAAAGAAAGAAAAAAAAAAGAAGAAAAAUUUUUUAAACGCGCGCCUGCGCUACAUUUCAUAGCUUUUGCUUGUGUAAUUACGGUUAUUAUAUAAUUAAUAAUUAUAAAUUAUCGAUUACGUUUUAUCAUGGAAAUAAUUGAGGGCAACUUAUAUAACUACAUACUUGUCGUUCUCCGAAUCUUCCAUCAAAAAAUGAUUUCACGAAAAAAUUUAUAUAUAUUUUCUUUUUUUAAUUCUUUUUAUAUAUUUAUAUCUUUUCACUCGAAAAAAUUCAAACGAAAAUUUCUCAUGAAUUAUCUAUUAUUCUACUAUUAUUAUUAAUAUUAUAGCAAAAAGAUUUAUUAUUCUUAUUAAUAUAUAUUUUUUUUUAUAAGAAAAGAUUCGAACAAAAAUUAUUAUACUUAUAGGUACUCAAUAUCGUGGACAUUAUAUUUAAAUGUAUUUUGUAUAUAGUAAUAUACGAAAUAUCUAAAAUAUAAUCUAUUUAUAGAGACAUAAUACAAAACAAUUUUGUAAUUUAUCCGUGCAAAAUGAAGAUUAGGAUCAAUGGAGAACGACGAACAAUGAAAAAAUGAUUUCAGCGCGGAAAUUUUACGCGUGCGAUGAAUUAAAAAAGAAAGAAAUAUUAAUAAUAAUAAGAAAAAAAAGAGAAAUAAGAAUAACCCAACAAAAAAAAAGAAGAAAAUUAUUUGAAUCUAGUCAGUGCGUUGUGCGAUUUGAUGAUUUCGAUCAUGUUUGAAAGAUCAUUCGAGUUCAUUAGAAAAAGAGAGAGAGAGAUGGCUUAGUCCGGCCUACGCGUUUAAAUAAUAGACGGUCUUGUGCGUUACUUAAAAAAAUAAACAAAUGAACAAGCAAAAAAGAAAAAAAGGAAAGAAAAAAAAGAAACGUAACAAAAAAAUUUUGCCCCAUGUUGCCCCGUUAUUUGGUAUAUCAUACCCAGGAGAUAUAAAGUAACAUGAUAAAAAAAAAGUAAAAAUAAAUAAACAAAUAAAAAAUAAAAAUUUGUAGAUAAAAAAGAAAGAAAGAUUAUGAAAGAAAAAUAAUAAAUAAAUAUAUUAAAUUAAAUUAUAUUAAAUUAAAUUAAAUUAAAUUAAAUUAAAUUAAAUUAAAUUAAAUUAAAUAAAAAAAUAUAAAAAAAUGUAACUAAGAGUAAUUAAUAGUAAGAGAAAUAAGAGGCAUGGCGCGCGGCAUUUAUUUGUUAGAUUAUUAAUAAUUACAAUACAUAUGUACGUCGACAAGUUUGGUAUUUGACAUAUACAUAUACACACACAGACAUACACAUACAGAUACACACAUAUAUAGAUACACACACACACACAUAUAUAUAUAGGUUGAUUAUAAAUUAAGUGGCAAUUGAAUAUCUACUUUGUUAGAAGCAAUAGGAAAAAAAGAAAUUUAUAUAUUUAUAUUAAGAAACAAGUUUCAUGAUUUCAUGUGUCAAAUAUUUUAAGAAUACGAAAUAAAAAAUCCUUGACUUCCGGUUCAACCUUUUAAACUUUUCUUAUAUAUAUAUAUAUAUUUAUAUUUUUUUCUUUUUCUGUUGCUACUAACAAAGGAGAUAUUUUCAACUGGCCUUUAAUAUAUAAUUAACUUGUAUAUAUGUGUGUGUGUAUAUAUAUAUAUGUAUAUAUAUAUAUAUAUAUAUAUAUAUAUAUAUAUAUAUAUAUUAAAGCAUGAUUAAAUAUUCACGUAAACGUCGAUCGAUCGUAAUUCGUUCGAAUUCAUUCUUCGAAAUAUAGAUCAUUAGUUCUCGAUGAUUGUGUGAGAAAGAAAUAGAAAGAGGAGAGAAACAGAGAGAAAGAGAGAGAGAGAGAGAGAGAGAGAGAGAGAGAGAGAGAGAGAGAGAGAGAAAGAAUGAAACGAUUGCCGUCCUUAAAAAACAUCGAUCCGACGAAAGGAUUAUCGAUCGAAGAUCGAUGUUAAAAUAUGUAUACGUACAUACGAACUAUAAAACUCAUCACGAUCCUUCUUACUCUGGAUUGUUAUUAUCGAUCGAUCUUCCUCGAUAGGCACGAAAAGAGUUAUCACGAAGAUAACCAAAUUUUAAAUUGAAAGUGAUAAAGUGAGAGAGAAAGAGAGAGAUAUAUAUAGUUAUAGAUAGAGAGAGAGAGAGAGAGAGAGAGAGAGAAAAGGAAGAGAAAGAGAGAGAGAUAGAAAUAGAUCUCAGCUAUUACAGAUUCCGUCUAAAUUUAUGAGAUUCGUGCGAACGAGUGGCUAAAAAUGACCUUAGAGAUCAAGCAAAUUAUGUAUACCGUUGCAGUAUUUUCAUAAAGCUUUAAACUCUAUCUUGACGUCGACGAACAAAUGCUAAUAAUAAUUAUAUUCAAUUUUUAUAUAUAUACACAUAAACACAUACACAUAUAUACACGUACACAAGCGUUUUCAUUCAUGAAUAAAGAGGAGAACAAACAAAUCUCUCUGGAUCGUUAUCGAUCGAUCGAUCGAUCGAUCGGUCGAUUUUUUCGCUACUAAUUAUCAUUAACACAAUCAUCGAGUCAGCUAAAAUCGUUAGUAAUUAAUAAUUAGAAAUUAUUUCUCUUCGUUUCGUAUCUACUAUCUAUUAUACUUAUAUAUUCUAAAGUGUGUCUAUAAUGAAACGAUUUUUGGAUUCUAUUUAAUUUUUUUUUCUUUUCUUUUUCUUAUCAGGAUGAUAUAUUGUAGACACUCUGUAUAGUGUAUAUAUACAUAACUGCGUGUGUGUGUAUAUAUAUAUACACAUAUAUAUAAGUCGACUUAACUUAUAAUCUUAUUUAUUAUUUUACUUAAAUAUAAUUAAUAAGUUGCAUCUAUAUAUGUACGUGGUAAUUAGUGUAUGUUACAGUUGUUCAUUAAUUUCGCUAUAAAUAAUUCAUGAAAAAAAAUCUGUGAAGAAGAUGUUGGUGAAUCUUGUACGAAGUUGUUAAUAGUACCUCUUCGAUGUCGCGUUCGUUUUUUUUUUCUUUUUUAGAUAAAUCGUGUGAUAAAUAAUAUUUAUUUAUUUAUUUAUUUAUUUAUUUCGAUCUGUGUAUGUGUGUGAGAGAGAGAGAGAGAGAGAGAGAGAGAGAGAGAGCGAGAGAGAGUGCGUGUGCAUGUGUGCCGUGUGUAGAGCAUUUGCUUAUAUACAUAUAUAUAUAUACAUAUAUAUUGUUUUAACAAUUAAUAUUAAGUGUAGGAUAUACUUUUUUCAUACUUUUAUUGUCUUAUUUUAUUCUUUUUAAAUGUGUGUGUGUGUGUGUGUGUGUGUGUGUGUGUGUAUUCGCUGUGCUUCGACGAAGAUUAAUUUCAUUAUUUCAUUAUCGUAAACAAUAUAUGUGUGUAUACAUAUAUAUGUAUAUAUAUACAUACAUACAUAAUAUAGAGCCAAAUACAUAUAUAAUAAUUAGAAAAUCAAAUAGCAAAAGAAUAAAAAGUGCAAAAAUUGCUUUAGUGUCAUAGAAUAAGUUUCAAAGGAUAGUAUCCAUACACAUGUGCUGGGACCUUUUAAAAUUUUUACUUAAACAGUUUUUUAUAAAAAAAAUCGCCUAGUCAAUCACUGAACGCAAAUAUCAAAGCAUUAUAGUUAGAGACAAAAUACUUGUGUACGAGUGUCAUUUUUGCCAGAUCAAACAGAGAGACAGACAGAUAGAAAAUGUAAAAUUUAACAAAUUAGCAAUCGAUUAUGCGCGCUUAGUACGUUGGAAAUAUGUUCAUCCAUUUUACAUUAAAUACAUAUAUUGUCAUUUAUUGUUUAUUCAGACCUGCCUUUUAAUAUCCGUCAUUAUUUGUGCAUUUCAACGAUAUUGGUAUAUUUUUCAUUUAUAUUUAUACGUGUGUGAGACGUUAUAUAAGCUGUGUAAAGAAAUGGAAUGAAAUAGAUUUAAAUGAUAUCUUCCUACCCCUCAUUUUUCCCUACAGUCAAAAGAAAGAAAUAAGAAUAAAUAACAAAAAAAAAAAAUAAAAAUAAAAAAUAACAAAAAAUAAAGAAUAGGAAACGUGGGACCAACUUCGUUGAAGUCUAACGAAAAUUAUGGAUAUUAUUAUGGGUCUGGUAAAACAAUGAAAUACAUAGAUCGCGAAUCUGUAUAUAAUAUAUAUUAAUAUUAAUAGUAUUAUUAUUAUUAUUAUUUUUAUUAUUAUAAUUAACAGUAGCAUUGUCAUUAUUACUAUCAUCAUCAUCAUCAUCAUUAUUAUUAUUAUAUUUAUUUUUAUUAUUAUUAUUAUUAUUAUUAUUAUUAUUAUUAUUAUUAUUAUUACUAUUAUUAUUAUUAUUAUUAAUAUUAAUAUUAGUAUAUCUGUCCACACAAAUAUUUGCAUAUAAUUCCAUCGUAAUUUUGAAUCAUAUUGAGAUAUUACAAUAAAUAGAUCGAUAGAUUGAUUCUUCUCGAGGUUAACGAUUGCCAUACAUAUAUACGUACAUAGAUACUCGUUUUGUUAAACAAAAAAAGGAAAUUAGAAAGAAAAAUCUCGAUGAGCAGCAAUGUUUCCACGAGACUUUUAUUUCUAUUUCUAUGAAAGAAGUUUAUUGAUAUAAUACUUGGAGCAUGUUAUUUUUGUAGAAAAAGAAAUAGAACGAAAGAAAUUCUAACCUUUUUUUGAGAUGGAAAGUAUAACGGGCUGCUGCUUCGUUCAAACUUCGUAUUUUAUUUCAUUUCAAUUAAAUUAUGACAUUUUUGAUCAUAAAAUUAGAAAAAUUAAUAAUAAGAGAAAAAAAGAAAGAAAGAGAGAGAGAGGAAGAGAAAUGCAUUGGUAUACGCCAUUUUGUGCAUCGAAAUUAAUACUGUUACGUCAUUUCUCUAUUACGCGCGAAUUUCAAAACUAUUUUUCGUCAUGGCGGAUUAAUCUUUAAGUUUCUUUCUUUCUUUUUCUUUUACUUUUAAUUUUCUAGAAGCGUACAAAAUCCGAUCCAAAAAUUUUCUUUAAAAAGAGAUUAUAUAUAUAUAUACAUAUAUAUACGUAUAUAAAUAUAUAUAUAUAUAUAUAUAUAUAUAUAUAGAGAGAGAGAGAGAAAGAGAAUGUGUGUCAAAUUAAAAGGAAGUCGAAUGUUUACAGACGAUCGAUUAUGUGCUUUUCGCGCGCGCGUGCGUGUGCGUGUGCGUGUGCGUGUUCGUAUGUGUGCGUGUGUUCUGUUUAGUGUAAAAAAGAAAAAAAUGAAAAAAAUGAAAAGAAAAAGAAAAAAAAAGGUGAUACUCUGACGUAAAACGAAGAACGCUUUUGAUCAUCGCACGUUAACCUCUCUCUUCGUCGCUUAUGGCACCGAGUAUGUAUAAGGACGUAGUCGAGCGUAAUCGACCGAAAAUGAUUUCAUUGGAGGGACACAAAAAACAGAAAAAACAAAAAAUAGAAAACCUAAAUCCCGACGAUGAAUUUAAUCGAUUAAAGCGAUAUACACACACAGUUCCACGAUAGCGUGGCAAACGUGAUUUUUUUUUUAAUAGUUCUUUCUUAUUUUUAUUUUAUGUAUAUAUAUAUUUUUUUGUUCUCUUUUCGCUGCUUUUUAAAAAUGUUAUCAACGUCCUCCUACCUAGUCUCUUCGUAUGUCUUAAAAAAUGUGCACAAAAUAUUUAUGUACCUGAAGUUAGUUAUUUAUUUUCUUUUUUAUAUAUUAUUUAAGUCAAUGAACGAGCGUUUUUUCGUGUUUUUUCUCGUACUUCUUUUCUUUCUUUCUCUCUUUUGUUUUCUAUUUUUACGAAAGUUAAAAGUUCUUUCUAUAACAAAGAGAAUUAUAGCAUAUAUACGUACCUUUAUUUAUUUUUAAUAUUAAAAACACCAAGACCUUAUUAUCAUCGACGAUAGGAAAGUGAUAAAGGGUGCGGAUUCUUUUUUUUUUUGGAGGAACGAAGAGAGUUACAAAAAUAUUGUCAAAGGUAUGUUGCAGUAGAGAGUUAUUAUAAAUAAAUAAAUAAAUAAAUAAAUAAAGAGGAAGAUCACCCAAUAUAUGUCCAUAUAUCGAUUAAAAGAAAAAGAAAAAAAAAAAAGAGCGAGUCCUCCCCGAGGGAGAAUGCGUAAAAAUUAAAAUUAAAAGAAAAAUAAUAAAAUAAAGUGAAAUAAAAUAAAAGAAAAUAUAAGAUAAGUUAAGAAAUAAGAAACAGGUGGGAAUAUCUGCGUCUACCGUGAGUACUAUUAGCGUUUAAGUAGAUAAUGUACCUAUUAUUAUGACUCUUAAUUAUAUAAAACGUGCGUAUGCGUAAACGAG